CGGGGUGAUCCACCUACCAAAUCGAAGGUCUACGAGUCUAGUUUCCAGCGCAUUUUAUCGUUCGUCAAUACGACAUCGGAGUAGAGAGAUAUUCGCGUUUUCGUCCAAGGACGCAAACUGCUGCGUGAACAGUGAACAUAGUCGGUGGUUUUAUCUUGCCCCUGUAUAUAUACAUACCUUGGACGAAAUUUCCUUCAUUUUUUUCACCAUAAAAGACCAGAAAACCCUAAGCAAUAUUCUCAAACCUUCUCCCAUUAAUCACGAACACUCCUAAAAGCAAAUCAAACAACUUCAACAUGGAGAAAACCAUGGCAAUUACGGAAUUGUGAUUUCUUCACUAAUUUGCUUCCUGGAUAAAAACUUCACCUUGAAGUAACUUGGAAUUUGGAGUGAUUUUGAUCAUCUAAGGAUAUCAUUCGUAAGACGUUUGAGGACUCGGGGAAAUGUAUAUAACUCCAUCGACGAGGUAUGUAGGGCUUUUUAUUCUCUUUGUGGCAUGACUAGAUUUCAAAUGACCUUUCAUUGAAAAGUUGUUCCGUUAACUUGGAUCGAUCGCGUUCUAUGAUAAUUGAGCUGACACAUACUUCAUCUAUGGCUUGUACCAAAUUAUGGUCCACAUCUCCUUUUGGCUAUCGAUUAAAAGACUUUCCGUUCAACUUGUGUCGAUUAUGUCCCAAAAUGGUUAAGCUUACCUUUUCUCCGAAAUAGCUUGUAUUAAAGUGUAUUCCCACAUCCUUAUCUUUCUUGUCCAUCACUUAAAGAUGACGGACCUUCCAUAGAUAUAAGUUUCCACUAAACAUGAGAUGAAUACGCUUCCUUGUGAUGGACUAAUCUUUAUUUCAUAUAUGAUUGCAUCAAAUGCCUUUCAUGCUUCCUUAUCUCUUUUGGCCACCGAAUUGGAAUGUUUCCGCUAAAAUUGGAUUGAUCAUAUACCAUCCGAACGAGUUGGACUCUAUUUCAUGUGUAACUCAUACCAAGUAUCUUACAUGUUCUCCAUGUUGUUGUCUCUUGAAUUGAAAGGUAAAGAACGUAGCGACAAUAACGAUAAUCAGAGGGUAACGACGAUAGGUCACUCCGACUUUUUUUAUGAUAUCUCUUCUAAGGUCAGUCUUGCAUUGCACUUAUAUAUAUGUAUUUAUUUUCAUUACCGAGCCGCGCUAUAGUUGGCCGGGUAGGCACUUAUAUGUGCACCUAGAUGUAUUUCGUUCUUUACCGAGCCGUGUUGUAGGCGGCCGGGUAGGCACGUAGCUGUGCAUUGCCACUGAUCAGUUGGGCAGAGAUGAUGUUAUGAUAAUGAGCUCACCCUAUAGAGGGAUUUAUUAUGGUUAUAUGAUAUGAUAUAUGCCUCCGCAGCGAGGAAUGAUUUUGCGGGCAUGCAUUUACAUUUAUGUCAUGAUUAUGGUCGCCCUCAGUGGCCUUGUUCAGAGUUUCAGGUUGUCUCUACAUCUUUUCCCAAGUUAUUUAUAUCUCUUAUGCUUAUGUUAUGUUUAUGCUUACUGCCUUACAUACUCGGUACAUCUUUCGUACUGACGCAUUUUAUGUGCUGUGAUCAUGCCCACAGGUAAGGUAGACUGAUUGUUGUACCUUUCUCAGUAGGAUACCAAAAUUCAGCAGGGAUGUUCGCACUCCAUUCUCCGGAGUUGCUGGUCAGAGUCAUUAAAUAGGAUGCAUGUAUAUAUAUAGAGAGAGUAUGACUAUGGGUACGUCGGGGCCACUGUCUUGACUAGUUGAUGCAUAUUAGUGCUCUUAGAGGCUUACAGACUAUCAGUCAGUGUACAGGUUGUUAUGAUAUACUUCUUACUAUUGUUAUUCAGCGACCUCAUCGGCCUAUGAUUCACGUUACAGAGUUUAGAUAUUAUAGUUGGUUCGCUCGGCCCCUUCGAGUGCCGGGUGCCGGCCACACCUCAAAGUUGGGGUGUGACACCUAAUACGUGAUUAUUCUAGUUUAUGUUUGUAUGUGAUGCACUUACUCUUUGAUUCCAUUUUCAGGUCCAGACCUAGUAAGAGUGAGUGCUUCUCUCUAAUUAUUAGGAAAAAUUAAAAGAGGGAAAUAAAAAGUUCUUUUAGAAGAGGGGAACAGAAGGUUCAUUUAGUUGUACCAUUUAUCGAUCCAUCUAGUCAUGGAUCGGAAUAAAGAAGUUUUGUUAAGAAACUCUCAAACCCCCAAUUCAAGAAAAAGGGUGGCACUAAAAAAGCUAAUUGGAAUCGCCCUAACCAUGAACCAUCUUCUGAAAAUGCUCAAGCUUCAGAUAUUGUCUAUCAUAUACUUUUUCAAUCAAAAAAAUUGGUAGUGUAAUUGGAAAAGGUGGUAACAUAGUCAAUCCCUAAGAAUGGAAACACAGGCAAAAAUCACAGUUGCUGACUCUGUUCGUGGUUCAGAUGAGAGAGUGAUAAUAAUCUCUAGUUCUUCUAAAAAGCUGGCUGGAAGAACCAACAGUGACUAUGCAAUGAGAAUCAAGUGACAAGGGAAGAAAAUGAGGGCAUGGAGCCACAUUGUGCUGCCCAAGAUACUCUUUUGAAGGUCCAUGACAGGAUUGUUGAGGAAGACUUGGGUGGAGCAGCGGAUGAGAAUUGCGAGGAAAUUGUAGUCACUACACGCCUCAUUGUUGCAAACAAUUUGGUGGGAUGCCUUUUGUGAAGAAAAGGCGAUGUUAUUCUGAGAUUGCUGAGUGAGACUGGGCCUAGCGUUCGUGUUCUUCCUGCCGAUCAUCUCCCUGGUUGCGCAAUGGCCACUGAUGAAUUAGUUCAAAUACCUAACAGUCAGAAGUCCCCAGGAGAUGAAGAUUCCAACCAACUCCUAUGGUUCGCAUUAGGAACAGGAGGGUAUAAUGUCAUCAAGGUUGCUGGAAAUAGGCCAAGGUUCCAGGAUCCUCAUUCUAAUGGGUCUGGAUUUGUUGAUGAUAUUUGUGGGUCCUCAGGCAAUUUAAAUGCAGAGCAGAAUGCUUUUCAGGGAUUUGGUUCUUCUGCUGGAUGGAGCACCGAUGAUCAGCAAAGUGCUUACCGUCAUAGCUCAACAAAGUGUACCAAAAUUAUAGUGCUUCAAGGUAGAUACUCUAGCGUUAGUCCUUCCCAAUUGCCUUACCAAAACGUUAAUCCUCAUCAAGCUCCAUACAGAAGCAUCAAUGUGGAACAACAGCCUUACCAACAUAUGAGGGCACAAGGAUCCUACUACUAUUGACGUUAGAUGCUAGGUUCCAUUGCCAACUGAUGGAAAAUUUUAGGAUUAUUAUUAUUAUUAUUUGGAAUUUGAGAAGUUCCUAGUAUUCAGAAAGCCAGUUGCAUUUUGUUUGUAUUUACAACAUAGUACUGGCUUUUAUCGAAUGUAGAUAUUGCUCGUGUGACCAGGCAUUGCUGGAUUGUGGUAUUUCCUGCAUUCCCGGCAGGACUGAAGGUUCAUAUUUGUUGGCAACCUGUAUCAACUGACAGUAGGGCCGUCUCAAUAAGAUUGGGCGCCUAAAGUCAAAUUUCAGAGAGAGGUCUUAAUUUUCU